GAGAGAGAGGCUUAAGCGGGCCAGAGAAGGAGGGAGUUGUGCGCACGCCCAGCGGCGGCGGCGGCGGCUGUUCGCCUCGCCGUCUGAGGGCGGAGCGGGGAGGGAAAGACGGCGCCGAGUUUAGCGCCCUGACUUGAGCGCGGGGGGCCCCGGUGGUUUUCCGCAGGUCGUCGUUGUCGUCAAGAUGGAGGAGGCGGGGAUGGUUUCGCCGCUGCCGGAUACGGCGUAAGAAAGGUGGGAAGCUGUCGGGGGAAGCCGGCGCGUUUGCUUCGAGGCAGCGAAGGGCGCCCGAGGCGAGGCGAUGCUGUCGGUCUAUGGCAUAUUGCUGUCAGCUCUGCUGGGCUCCUUCCUCACGCUGCUCGCCCAGCUCCUGCUCUUUUACCGGAGGCAGCCCGAAGCCGUCCCCGGGUUGUCCCGGCUUCGCGGCUCUAACUUCUUUGUUACCAGAGUAAUGCCGGACUCGACCCUCAAGGAGUAUUUAACCGGCUUCCUCGUCUUGGGGCAGGAAGCGUUUUUCCCCGGAUCUUUAGUCAGCCAGCCUUCCAAAACCGAGCAGAGCUUCAAAGCCCCCGACCAGGAAUCGCCCCCUUUGGUGGAGUGCACGGAGGAGACCCUCUACUGGCUCAAUGCCAUCUGCCUCUUUCUCUUCAGGGAACUCAAGGACACCUCCUUGCUCCGCCACUGGGUCACCAGGAAAAUCAAGGUGGAAUUCGAGGAGCUUUUGCAGACCAAGGUGACCGGCAAAGUGUUGGAGGGGCUCAGCUUGCGGGAUGUCUCCUUUGGCAACGUCAUCCCCCUUUUUAAAAACAUCAAGAUAUUGCGGCCGGUGACGUGUAACGAGGAAGGCUGCCCCGAGGAGCUGGACUUCGAAGUUGACAUGGAGUACGAGGGGGGCUUCCACUUAGCCAUUGAUGCGGACCUGGUUUUUGGCAAGUCGGCCUAUCUGUUUGCCAAAAUCUCUAAAAUCAUGGGUCGGCUGAGGCUGGUCUUCACCCGUAUACCCUUCACGCACUGGUCCUUUGCUUUUGUCGACGAGCCUUUGAUCGACCUUGAGGUCAAGUCGCAGUUUGAAGGGAGACCCUUGCCCCAACUGACUUCCAUCAUUGUCAAUCAGUUCAAGAAAGUGAUCAAGCGCAAGCAUACCUUACCUCACUAUAAAAUCAGGUUCAAACCAUUUUUUCCAUUUCAAGUUGUGCCACCUGAAGAGUAUAGAGACCGGAACCUCAGUGUACAAGGUUUCUCACUAACGGAAGGAAGACUGAAAAUUUCUUUAAUGGAAUGCUCAAGAUUAUUUAUUUUUGGUUCCUAUGAGAGAGAAAUAAAUAUUCACUGCACAAUUGAAUUGAGUGACAAAUUUUGGGAAGAGAAAGAAAGGACUUUCAUCAAGACGGCAGAACUCAUAAAAGGAAAUUCGCCAAGUAUUGGAAUCACUCUGCGUCAAAUACAGGCUAAGGAAGGAGAAACAGGGCACGUUGUUAUUGAAACUGUUACACCAAAUUCUGCUGCUUCUGCCGCUGACCUUCAGAGGGGCGACAGGCUAUUAUCUAUUGGAGGAGUCAGGAUUACAUCAACAGUACAAGUGUUAAAACUUAUCAAACAGGCCGGUGAAAGAGUCACCAUAUAUUAUGAGAGACCGGUUGGCUAUACUCCUCAGUCUUCAUUAGCUCAAGAUAAUCUUACUCAGUUGGAAGAGUCAACAUUUUCAGAUGAAUAUUUGCUGAAUGAAAUAGAUAAUAAAGAAUUAGAUAUAGAAUUUGAAGACUUGGCAAAUGCACUAAAGUCAAGUGAAUUCAAAGAUGAUUCUUCAACUAGUCCCAAGCACAUACCAGUUUCACUUGCUGGUAAACCACCUGGAACGCUAUCUCCAGUAUUAAAUCGCAAGUUACAUGUAGGAAGUUAUCAGGCAUCUUCAAGGGUACUUUUCAAAGAGACAGCCAGACCAGUAGUACACAAAAGUCCUGAGAACUUGGAUUUAAGUCAACAGACAAACAAACAGCCACAGUUAAAUGUAACCAAACCACCUGUACCACCCAGACCACAGAUUAAAGUGCCAGCAGUUUCUAGUGAUGUUCAAAAUAAAUUAGAAACUGGUGACUUAUCUUCUGAGAAAGUAGACAAGCUCCCUUUUCCUGCCAAUAAUGGAGACAAGGGUUCAGAAAAAGUAAUCAAAGUUAUUGAUCUAGGAGAAGAAUCUACAGGACUCAAACCACUUGCUAAGGAGGCUUCAGAAAUUUCAUCGAGUUUUAAAACAAUUACAAAUAAAUCAGAAGCAUUAAAAGAAAGUAUAGAAUCUCUGCAGAAUAUUAAAGCACCUGUCAAUAAAUCUGUUACAAACAAAUCAGAACUACAUAAAGACAUAUCAGAUUAUUCACAUUAUUCACUGAAUGCUAAGGCAGUAGAAAACCAUAAUUCUUGGGAAUCACCAGAAAUUCCUUACCGUAAUCGAUCAGGUAAAUGGGCAAGGACAAAAGCUUCUUCCUACAUAUUUGAAGUAGGAAAAGAACACACUUACCUAAAUAUUGGUGUUUGGUGUAGAGACCCUUUUAAAGUAGGUGGGCUGGUUUGUUUGGGAUAUGAAAGCGUAAAACUUGAAGAUGUAGCUUUAGAUUGUAUAGCUACAUCCUCCAUGGAAUUCAUUAGGUCAUUUCGACUAAAUCCUCCUGCCCCUAAAGCUACAGUAACUAGAACAGCAUUGCGGAGUUUGAUCUCACACAAAGGUUUCAAUGAAAAGUUUUGUUAUGGUGAUGUCACACUACAUUUUAAAUAUUUAAGAGAGGGUGAGCCGGAAGACUCAACUUUUCUGUUGGAAAAAGAGAAAGAAAAUAUUUCAGAAGAAGCAGCAGCUCCUGUUCUUUCAAAAGAAGAUUCUUAUUUCGGACAACUUACUUAUACUGAAAAUAGGCAUAAUUUCCAAGAUACUCAGUUUCAAAAUCCAACUUGGUGUGACUACUGCAAAAAGAAAGUUUGGACAAAAGCAGCCUCACAGUGUGUGGUUUGUGCGUAUGUUUGCCACAAAAAAUGUCAAGAAAAGUGUCUGACAGAUGCUCCCUUCUGUUUAGGAGCCACAAGACGACUUGAACGAGUUUUACACCCUUUUAAAUUUGAAAACCAAGAUUCUCAGUCCACACCAGGACCUCGUGUAGAUUCAGAAUUGAAACCUGCAAAUAAAGCAGCGGGUCUAACAAGACACCUCCUUAAUACAAGCAGCCGAUUCUUAAACCUCCGCCAAGUUCCUAAAGUUCGUGUUAAUGAGCAAGGACCUGAAAUGGUAGAACCUUCGCCAAAGCAGACGCCACACCCUUCUGAUAAUGAAGGUAGUGAUACAGAUACCGGUGGCCCUAGUAGUCCUUCUAAGCAAGUAACUACUUCGGGGAUUAAAUUAGCAAGGAAGGAAGGAGGACUUGAUGACAGUGUUUUCAUUGCAGUGAAAGAAAUUGGCCGAGACCUUUACAGAAGUUUACCUACAGAAGAAAGAAUCCAGAAAUUAGAGAUUAUGUUAGAAAAACUUCAGCAGGAAAUAGACCAGGAACUGGAGAGCAACAAUUCCUUAAUUAGAGAAAAGAAAGAAGCAACGGAUGUAAGGAGAAAAAGGCUAUUGUCUGUUGCGCUGGCUAAAUCGGGGGAAAGGUUGCAAGCCCUGACACUCCUUAUGAUACAUUAUAAAGCAGGCAUUGAGGAUAUAGAAGAAAAUUCUGCUUUAGAGCUUGGAUCUAGAAAAGACGAUAAAGAUGAAGAGGACAACACCUUAGUGGAAGAAACAGAUAAUGAAGAGGAGGCUGUUUUAGUCAUGACACCAGUACUUGAAACCCUACUCAAAGAAGAAGAGAGACUUGAAUCCCAGAAUGCGUCUGUAGACUGAUAUUGCACAGUUGGUCUUGCAAAUGAUAAACUGGGAAACACUUUGCACUUAAUCAAACUACAUCGGAUUUCAAAAUUGUAAUUAAACACUGAGAUAAUAUAUACAUGCUGCUUCUCCAUUAUUUUCAAACCCAUGUAAGGAAAUGGCUUUUAUUUCCAGGUACAAUAUGGUUUUAUUUUGUUGAACCAUGUUAUGUUUCAAUAACAUUUUGGGACUUUAUACUAGAUGAUUUUUAAUUUAUUUGGACUUUUUUCUAAAAUGUGUUUCUAAAAUAUAUCAGGGUAAAUUGCAAAAUGGAAAAAAAAAA